UGACUGACAAAACCCUAGGCUAGAAAGCUUGGACCUUUUCGAAGCUCUUGCUGUUUUCCUAUUGAAAGAAUCAACAGCAUAAACUUAAAAUUAAUUGAGAUAGAAAGAGUAAUGGCGGUACCGCGCAAUGGAAUGAUGGAAGAAGAUGAUAACGAAGAGGACAAUGCUCUCUUCGAAGAAGAUGGCGUCAAUAUCGACCUCGAAUCCGACACUCCUCCGCAUCUCCGCGAACUCGCCGCCGCCGCUCAGCUCGGUGACGUUCAAGCCCUCCGUCUCGCUCUAGAUAACUUGAGUGGUAGCAUUGAUGAACCGGUUGAAGAUGGAGACACUGCUCUCCAUCUGGCCUGUCUAUAUGGCUACGUGCCUUGUGUCCAGUUACUCUUGGAAAGAGGGGCUAAUAUGGAGGUUAGGGAUGAAGAUGGAGCAAUACCUCUGCAUGAUGCUUCUGCUGGAGGAUUUAUUGAGAUAGUACAAUUUCUCAUUAACAGUGCUAACAACACAGAACGUGUGAAAAGGAUGUUGGAAACGGUUGAUGCAGAAGGUGAUACUCCUCUUCAUCACGCGGCAAGAGGUGAACAUGAAGAUGUUAUAAGAUUGUUGCUAGAUUCUGGUGCUUCUCCUACAAAGGCAAACUUAUAUGGGAAGAUCCCAAGCGAGCUAGCUGAUCCUCACACUGAGGCUAGGAGAAUCUUGGAAGCUGCUGCUAAUGCUAAUGCUAACGCUAAUGCUUAGGCUUGCCAGUCACCUUGACCUGAUAGUUGAAAAUAUUAAACCUUUUUGCUUUUGGGUGCUGUUUUUAGUUGUUUUCAUAGUUAGGUUACAGCAAGUUUUAGAUGCAGAGAAAUAUUUUCUUUCUACUGCUCUCAGAACCCUAAAUGGAAGAAGGGAGCAGAUAACUAUUCUAUACAUCUUAUUUAUGAGGGAAUAUACUUAAUAUAAACAAAUUCUUAUAUAAGUGAUAGUUUUUUCCUUUGUCAUAUUUGAUGUAU